GGCGAUUAUGGGGAGGGGGAAUACGCCGUCAGUAUUUCGCGAACCACCGACGAGUACGGAUCGUGUCUUUGUGUAAAUUCUUCGUUAUUUCUAAUUAUCUGCCAGUGAUCGCUCACAUAAUUCGUUGACCAAAAAUAUUGUUAACAUUCGUUGCUCUUCGUUUCGCUAAUCGUACUUCAUUAUCCACCAAUAGAAUCUUUUCAUCAAAAAAUGUACAUGGUCGAUAAUGUCGCAAAUUAACAACUAUCAUUUAAAUAGUCAUUUAUAAUGAUUAUCAUUUUCGCCAGUAAACAUUGCGAGGUGGUUCUCGAGAUAUGCAAUCGUUGAUGCAUACACAGAACGAAUCUACGCGCGAUCAACGAUUUUGGAUCGCAAAACGUGAAUCUCGUUGGUGUCGGCUAAAGAAUUUGUCUGAUAAAACGAGACGGCGUGGCGUCUGUAUCGGAAAGCGGCAUAGUUGUGUCUCGCGUAUGGAUUAAAACGCGAGUGAAUGGUUGUUGGAGAGUGGUAAAAAAGGCGGGAUGAGUGCGAGAGAAGUUACCCUCAUCGGCGGCUCCCCUUGGGGAUUCCGUAUGCAUGGUGGACAUGAUUUACAUCAACCCCUUCGCAUCUCCAGAGUUAAUCCAGGCAGUAAAGCGGCUCAACAGGGGGUGAGAGAGGGUGAUUUAAUUAGCAGCAUAAAUGGAAGAACUACCAGGGAUUUAACGAACAGCGAGGCGCAUGCACUCUUACGAAACGCCGGUGAACACUUGAAACUCGGUUUGAAUCAGGAAAAUAUUGGCUCCCCGAAGAGACGAAUUUAUAGAAGCAGUUUGCAGGAGAACACCACCACUGAAAUUCUCACUAAGACGACGACGACGACGAGAACGACCACGACCACAUCGAACACACGGGUCCCAUCCACAGAUUCGAAGAAGAACGAAGCAAAUGACGCAAAACCCGAUCAGAGCUACGCCAAUCAGAACGGUGGCCCAAAGAGUUCGUUGAUCCAGCAACGGGACGAAGCCAAGAAAAGAUAUGGUUAUAAUUUUGCGACAAAGGAAACUGACAAUGAGUACGGUCUUCUGCACGAGAUUGACAGUGCUUUGAAAUUCGGCAAAGGAUUUCUAUUUGGUAAAGAGAACGUUAUGUUCGCUCCCACGUUUAAAGCUUCUUCCGCAACACCAGGCGUUUGGUCACCUGGAAGCGAGCCACCCCCGAGGAAGGAGCCGAGCCCCGAGCGGAAAGAAUCUCAAAAGGAUGGUGGCAUACCACCCAUCUGGACGCCUUCCAGCGCUGGAGCCAGCCCAAUUCCCGAGAAAAAGGAAUUUCGACCGGUGCAAUUCGAGAGCCCUACCCUAAGCCGAAAGAAGCUAGCGCAGCAAGAAAGUACGCAGGAAACUCUACCGCCUUGGGAGACGGAAGUGGAAAAGAAGGAAAUAACAAGAAGUAGUUAUGAGAGCACUAGUACCAGUUCGCGAAUUGUCAAUUCCCACUCAGCACCGUCGCAGGGAUUAAAUUCAUUAAGUUCAACGCCUCGACUGCCACGUGCUCAGAAUCCAACUAUAACACUGCUUCAAAAAGCAAGAGAAGGACAAUUGCCAAAGGGAGCAGCCUAUCUAGAAGAGAACGAGACGGAAAAGCGUCCACCCAGCGAUGAGAAAGGCAUAAUUAGUCCAGGAGAGAUCAUAUACACGGUGAAGAAAGAAUACGAGAGCGAGCCGGAAACGGAAAACGAACCGCCGAAGAAGAUGGCCGACUUGGGUCCUCGAAAAUUCGAGGGUAUCGGCCCAACAUCUAAGGAGGGUAUUCCCCUUGUUUUGAGAUCGGAAGUCAAGGAGAAUAAUCAGACAAAGUGGUAUAAGAAAAUGUACGACUCGUUGCAUCGUGCAGACAGAAGCGAUGACUACGUAACCAUUCGUUACAAACAGAGAAGAGGAACGAGAUACGGUUACGGAAGUGGAUAUUUAAGCGAACCGGAACACCGUUUAUAUUCCGAUCGGUCCGCCACUCUAGACAGUCGUCGACGCCUUCGUAACAAGGAAAAUGAUUUCUUUACGUCGACUAUGCCUAGAAAUUUGAGGAAUGGCACGUUGAAAUAUAGUUCGGAGAUUUAUAAAAAUCAGCCUGGCCGUAUCGAGGACUACGAACCUGGACGAUCUUCAAUCGCCGAAAAGGAAGCCAAGGAGUGGUGGGACGAGGUCAUGGACAUAUUUGACGGGCCUUUCGACCAACACAAAAAUCGUCCCCCGCAAAGAUUGAAACCGUACAUGUCACACGCUCUCAAAGAAUCGGGAUACGAGAGUGAUUCGACGCUGGUGUUUCGUCGCAAGGAGGACAUCGGUCCGUUGAGUGAACUCGAGCAAAGAUUGGCCUACAAAACGGUCCAAAGUGGUGGCGACGUGCCACUUCAUGGCCUUCGUAAACCAGCCCCAGAACGACCGAAGGACGAAACUGGCCUCGAGUAUUUUCCUAUCUCGCCCACAUUGACACGGAUCCGUGUACACCGGAAAAACGGCUCCUCGACCACCAAGUGUGCCGCCGUUUUGUCGCGAUACGAGAGCCCGUUAAUCGAAAGUCGAAACGCGACAGCCAAGAAAAUGGACGUUCGAUCGACAAUUGUUUCGAGGGCGAGGUCUUUAAGAGACAUUGCUCUCCAUGAUCCACGUGAGGCGACGGUAUCUAGGCCACCGUCCCCGCCAAGAAGACAGUCUUCUAGGAAUAACAAGACUCUCAAACUGUAUGGAAACGCGAAACGUCAAACUGUACAGCCCUUUAAAUCGAGACACAAACAAUGUUUCAAGGAAGAGGCACGCUCCAACGUUGGCACGCUCGGAGAACGAUUCCACGGAAAUUUGGACAGAUGCGGGAAGAAAAGUCGCGAGAGCGUGCACACUUGUUCGUUUCGAACGUCAUCUAACGGCCCGACAAUACCGACUCGUUCGAAAGUUUUGACACCGUCGUGUAAGAAGACGGAGGACUCGCGCCUGUCGCAAACUUUGCCCGACCCAGCUGGGGAGAAAAGUUUCUCGGCAGCCAACGGGGGCAGAACUCGGAUUUAUGGGGACAGUUCGUGCAGGCCUGGCGAAUAUCCCGUCAAAUUCGAGCCGAAACGCGAUAAAUCGUCCUCCAUUUUGAAAAUGUCCUCCAAGUAUGUGUCGCCCUCUGCGACAAAAUCGACGAAAGAAAAGUUGCAAUCUGGGUCGAAUGUCGGUAAUGCAGUUUCUUAUUUGAGGAAAACUAACGCGAGCAGAAGGCGGUUGACGCGGAAGGAACAGGAAGAGUCAUCUAGAAGAUUAGCCAGAUCGUCGGUCGAUCUCUCUUCGAUGGAGAGUAGGAAACGUUUGCUGAAUUGUAGAGAGAAAAGUGGGAGGGAUGUUCGCACGACAGUGCUGCCGUCUGGAACGCUUGUCAAAAGCUCGACCAUGUUGUACUCGUCGAGUUCGAGCAAUGGCGGACAGAGGCCAGUCCAGGACAAGUCUUUGAAGGUAGUCGUGACGGUGUCGUCCAAGGGACAGGAGAUUUUGAGGAAACCUUUGGACUCGAUUUCGGCCGCAAAGUCUACCUCUUCCUUGAAAUCAUCUUCGGCUACGUCUUCGCCAUCGGUCGUACGUAGAACGGUGUUAACGGAUACCAAGAAGCCUGUAAGAACGAUAGUCGGACGGUCUGACAAGAUGGGUUCCAGCAGAGAGUUUACAUCUUCCUCGGAGGCGAUCGGCGAAUCGAGUAAAAAAAAGGGGCAGAGACCUCACGUUAUCGUGAGAUCUCCUGCUAGGAAGCUGGAAACUAUUCAAAUUAAUCCUGACAAGAAGAAGAUAGAAACGAAGAAGAAAUCGAGAAAAGUGGAAAAUGGCGAUACUGCGAGGAUAAAGAAACUGAGGGAUAACGAAAUGAUUUUAAGCGACGGAAAAAGUAACAUAGAGAACGAAGAGCCUAAUAUCAGGAAGAUACGUAAACCCAAACAGGACCAACGAUCUUCGUCGUUGAGCGUAGAAGAGAUAAAGAAGCAUGGCGAAGCCACGCGUUCCGACACAUUUUUUCAAAAUCUCUUUUUAAGAUCCAUUUCUUCCACCGUUUCCAGUGAAAAUGUCCCUUCGAGAAGAUCGAUCGUCAGCGAACGAGCCAGAAUGUAUCAAGAAAACAGCAGAGAAGGUAGUAAGUCAGAGCCAUCUUUGAAGAGUCUUAGCAUCUACUUAGCCCACAAGCGACCGGUAUCUAACUCCAAGUUCAAAAACUGGGAGAAGGAGAGUGUUUCUUCCAGAAGUUCGAGCCCGUACGGGGUCAGUUGGCCUGGCAGAAGCAUAUUUCAAAAGGUGAGCAAAUUCGACAGUCUUUUAGGCAUCGAGGAUUUUGGAUCGUCGACCACGUUGCGCAACAAAAGUCCAGACUCUGUGAAAGAGCGUUUGAAGGAGAGGAGUUUGAGCGAGCCACCUUUGAAGACCUUGUCCGAGUGUUCCGACUCGAAGCACUCGUCUUCACGCGCUUCUUCCCCCUCUUCGAUUAGAUCACCAGCCUGUAGACGUAUACGUAGCUUGAGACAGGAAAAGUCAGAUGGUGCCAUUGUCGCGAAGAAAGUUAGAGCCAGGAGCGCUGGCGAAGCAGAAGAAAAACCAAAAUUUGGAUCCAAUUUGUCUCUGACCAGAAGCACGAAUUCGCUUUGCCCCUCGCCCAUCGAUCGCGAAGAAUAUCAUCGGUAUUUAAUGGGUAUGUUGCACGAUAGGAGAAGAUCAGAAAGAUACAAGGAAUUGCACGACUUCUAUUCGAGUCUAGAGAGGUUGGGUGAAUUAGAGAGAACGUUUUCUUCAACCGAUUUGAGGCCAAGAAUGAAAAACGAAGAAAUAAUUGAUUACGAUAGAUGGAGGAAGGUGAGAUCACAGGAAAAAGCUGAGGUUGAAUUUAGUACUUUGUAUGGAAAGUUAAAGGCGGUUCAGAAAGACAAAAAUUUUUUGUUCAGCACCAAGGAUAUCGGCAAGUUCAAAUGGAACGGUGAUUGUAGCUUGAGAUGUAAAGAACGAUCGGUGGAGAAUAUUAUUCAACAUUUCAAGAAACUGCAAUCCGAAGGAAGCGAAUUGGAUUCUUCGAAAAGAAGAGAAAUAUCGUGGAGGAAGGACACGUAUAAACCCCUUUGGCGUGGCACGUCUGUGAUAAACGUGGCUAGCACGAUGCAAGAAAAAGCAAAUGAAUCUAAAAACGAGAAAUCUUUGGAUCAUUUGGAUCAUCCAUUAUUGCAAAGAAGCCUUGGAGGAAGUAAAAAGUUCUGGAGCAGUUUAUCCAUCGAGCAAGUAGCCACUUUAAAAAAGCAAUUAAACGAAAUUUAUGGCAGCGAUAAUUUACAGAGAUCUGUACCAUCGACAUCCUCCGAAAUAGGCGAGCAUAGAUUGGAAAAGAAAGAAGGAACUGAUAAACAAGAUUCUCUGUCGAAGUACGAAAUUAUCGUUCCACCCCAAAUCGACUCGACCGAUAAAGACGAUGCUAAGGGCCUUCACGUGCGAUGUCACUCGAUGAUCACGUCUGAUGUUUCUCCGAGUGAUCAGAAAUCGUUCACAGAUCGUGCAGAAUCGUUGAAGAGAAGUGGUUCUAUUAGCCAAGGUAAGAGUAUAGAAAGAUCGGAAUCUGACAAAAGUUUAAUCAGUGUAACGCCAUCUAUGAGCGAAUUAGAGAAGAAGAGGCUGUCCGUGACGAUCGGUAAAGAAGUUCUGGACAAAAUUUCGCAAAGAAGACUGUCAAUGCCAUUGACAGCUCCUCGCGAGACUCGAGGUAGUAUAGCUGCUGCUCUUGCUGUUAAAAAAAUACCAAAAAUAACACGUUCUUCGACCGCACCCAGCGUAACUAGCACGUCACCUAGGAGUUGUUAUUCUUUAGAACCACAGAACGCGGAAGAUUCGUCGAGAGUGAAAGAGAAGAACGAUUUUCUGCUAGUCCUGACACCGAACAACAAAAGUCCAUCAGACAGACGCAGAGUAGAGAACGUUUUAGAGGAGUGGUCGAAGAAACCACCUCUUCUGGCAAUCGCGAUACCUGACACGCCUAAUCAGACAAAAAUUAUAGCCCCUAAUUCAGGGAGCGAAGGAAACAGCACGACGGAAAGCUCCGAAACGUCUGUGAGAACUGUCAUUCAACGAAAUAUAGAAUCUCAAGAUGUUCCAGCGAAGAUAGAGUUUUUCGAGAACGUGGACAAGUGCGCGGAUACCCAGUCGGAUCGUGGAAAAAUAAAUAAAAAGGAACAGACGAACAAACGGAAACCAGGAAGAUUAUCCUCUUCUCAAAGCUUUGCAGAUUUAAGAGAAUUAUUUGGCGAGUCAGAGGCCGGUAAAUAUGCGUUGUCGGUGUGCAGGACACGCUCGAUCUCGCCGAGAGGAACGUCUGACGAGCGAAAAGGAAACAGCCCUGCUCGGGAAAUGGACACCAAUACACGACCGCACUUCUGUUCACGCGACCGUGAACACGAUAGGCCUCGCAGCGUCAGUCCGUGUCGCGCAACCACUCGAUCGAAUUCGUCCUGCAGUCUAGAGAGCAUUUGGCUGCGUAGCACUUCACCCGAUCCGGACAAAUAUUGGCGUGCCUAUUUGAAACUAGUGAAAAAUGGCACGGUGAGACGGCUCAGAGCCAAAUUCGAAAGCGCCGAAGAUCUUCGUACCAGUAGAGUUAGAGUGCUUCCAGCGCCUAAAAAAUUUCAAAGCGAUCCCGAACUGGCGAGAUGUCUUCUGAGAAAGGUGGACGAGGGUAAAUUAAAACCUCACGAGUUCGCAGAUGUGGCUUGGUUGAGACGGAAAUACGAGCCUCGAAGAGGAAGAACGCGUCGUAGAGGAGAAUCACCGCCGAUUCCGCGUGUGCCGUUGAGAAAAGAGGAUCUAUCCAUGCCUCACAUCGACGUUAUCAGCAAGACGGCGGAAUUGAAAGAUUCGUCGGCUGUCACGUCCACUAUUACGAAUUCCAGAAAGGCAGAGACUAAAGAACUGGAAGCGAAGAAAUCAGUUGGUCGGAUGAGGAAGAAAUUUGAAAAAUUUGCUACGCAAAAAACUUCGAUUCUGGGUGAAAUGUUCACUUCGUCGCCAGACGUGCACGAACUGAGAGAUAUUGCACCUUAUUUGGCUGGCCGUUGGGUGGCGCACAGAUACCCUAGUAGAAGGGAUAACAUGCGUUCAUUGUCUUCGCCGCCAGAUCUCGCUGGUAGACCGUGUUCCGCCUCGAAAAGCGAGGUUAACUCUGGAUCCACGAAAACGCAGAGCAAGGAAGGAGGUAAAUUAAUUGGAAAAGUGCGAGGUGUCUCGUCGAAGGGACCAUCAUCGAUUUUGAAACAAUCUGAUGGUGAUCAAACGUUUGAUCCUGAUAAGCAUAGACCGAAAUUUAGAUAUCAACCACCUCCUCCGCCAUCCUCGCCAAAUGUUCGACGAAAAGCCACGUGUUGGUGGUCGCCGAUUCCUAUCUACACGGCUCGACCUACCGUCACUUUCGAAGAAUACUCGAACGCACCCCCGCCGCCGCCAAAAUCUCAGCACUACAGAGACGACUGCCAAGAAUCACCGAGGCGUUAUGUGGAGGGCGAGGUGACGAUUCACUAUCGUUCACCAGUGCGUACAGAGGCGAAAGAACCAUUGAGCGAGGAAGAGCUCGCUCGUCGAAGCGCGGAGAAUAUGCGACGCGUUUAUCAAGAGGAACGGCGUCGCAAAUAUCUCCAGGAGCUCCACGACAUCGAUUCGAGGAGGCACACAGAUAACUUCAUACCAUCGCAGAAAUCACCGAUCCCUUUGAACCGUUACGACGAUUUCGUGGAUGAUUUGAGCCACAGAAGCCGAUCCCAGGAGCAAACACCGGAACCUCGGCUCGUGGCAAGGGCGCUUUACAAUUUUAUCGGCCAAUCUUGCCGGGAAUUGAAUUUCCGUCGCGGUGACAUAAUAUUCGUGCGUCGCCAGGUAGAUAAGAACUGGUACGAGGGUGAGCAUAAUGCUAUGAUCGGUCUGUUCCCAUCGAAUUACGUCGAGAUUUUGCCAUACGACGGUAUGCGAACCACACCAAAGAAACCAUACGAGGGACAAGCACGAGCUAAAUUCAACUUCGUUGCUCAAACAAAUCUUGAGUUAUCUUUGGCCAAAGGAGAACUUGUCGUUUUGACGAGAAGAGUCGAUGAAAACUGGUAUGAGGGACGUAUUGGAAACAGGAAAGGGAUAUUCCCCAUCUCUUAUGUCGAAGUUAUCACAGAGCCUGGCCUCAGAUCAGAAACGCCAACACAAAAUAAACCAGUUGCAGCUCCAGCUGCGCAUAGCCUUUUGGCAAAUGGAUCAGCUGGAGGGAAAAUGAGUAUGGGACCUCAUCAUUAUAUGCCGUCCAUACCAGUUAAUAUGAACACAACUCAGCCACACUAUAAUUCACUGCCACGAAUGGGAGGAAACAAAUUACACGUUUCCGAAGCACUACACAUCGACACACACUCUGAACCAAUACCAUAUCGAGCUCUCUACAAUUAUAGACCACAAAAUGAAGACGAACUUGAACUGAAAGAAGGCGACACAGUAUACGUGAUGGAGAAAUGCGACGACGGUUGGUACGUUGGUUCCAGUCAAAGGACCGGCUACUUUGGUACUUUCCCUGGCAAUUACGUGGAACGAUUGUGAAAAAUGACAACGAGCUGUAUCGAACCACGAUUUACGUUUUACCAAAGCACUAAAAAUUCGAAUCUUUAAAAUAGAUAAUUUUUAAUCGAUCGAUGAUAAGGAUCAACGAGAUAUGUAUCUCAUUACAGUCUUCCUAUUCGUAAAUUUCAACGAUAAUAAAAAAAAAUGAUACUUUAAAAUGAAAAAAAAAAAAAAAAAACGAAAAAUAUUCAAUCAAAUGGAUACUUUUAGUAAUAUUCCAAACACAUGAGAAACUCAUCGAAACGAACCUUAUCGUUGAAGAUUCACCAAAAAAAAAAAAAAAAAAAAAGAAAAAUAUACAAUCAAAUGGAUACUUUUAGUAAUAUUCCAAACACAUGAGAAACUCAUCGAAACGAACCUUAUCGUUGAAGAUUCACCAAAAAAAAAAAAAAAAAAAACGAAACUUAACGUUA